CACCUCAACCCCGACUCAUCGUCCCGCUUUGUUCGUGGGCCACUCUCUCUGCAUCCUCGCCGUCGCCGCCGUCAAGUAUUCUUCUCUGCGGCACCACAGUUAUUCGAGCAACCCGUCCAUCUUUCUUGACUUUUUCCAUUCUCGGUAUAUUCUUCACUGACGGCCAUUCACUUCUCUGCUGCCUCUACCCUAAUUUCCUAUUCCUUUGUCCAUCCAUUACCUGGCUGUGCUUCAUCUCCACACACACAAAGUACCUCUUUUAUCUUCAUCUACGCCUCUAUAGAAACCAAAGUAUCGUAUUCACUCUCUCUCGCCAUGUCUCGUUUCCCACCCCUUGGAGCCCUGCUCCUUCCGCUAACCGCUCUGCUCGUCUCGCCCACUCACGCCACCAGCCCCUACACCAGCAGCAUGAGCGAAACGCCAAAAGACAACAAUGCAGACUGUGACUGCUACAUGGUUCAGUCCGGUGCUGAGGCCAAGAAUCCAUCCUAUUUUCAAUACUACCGUUUCUACGACUUUCGCAACCUACCCGGCGCCCUUGACAAGUCACCACCAGCAAUCAACCAGUCGCAAAACGCUGCACAACUAGCAACAUGGCAGCCCGACUUAUUCAACAGCGAUGCCUGGAACUUUGACUGGGGCAUCCAAAACUGGAGCAAAGAUGCCACCUCUGACUUUCCCGUCCCACUAACCAACUCGCCUGCAAACAUCUAUCUCGGAUCCGAGCAAGACAUAUCGUACCUGGCGAUGCGCACCACGCGCGUGUCGUCGCACCAAACAGCAGCGGAGAUGGAGAAUCAGCAAAAGAACCUGAUGCAUGCCUCUCUGCGCAUGUACGGGCGCGUGCAGGGCUCCUCGGGCGCAGUCGCAGGCUUCUUCACCUAUUUCGACGACACCAACGAGUCUGACAUUGAGAUUCUGACCCAAGACCCAAAGGACAAGAUCCGCUACACCAACCAGCCAUCCGUGGAUAAAGGAGGUAACGAGAUUGCCGCCGCGUCCCUCGACCCGACCAACUUGCCGCGAUGGGACGACUGGCAUACGCACCGUAUCGACUGGCUGCCCAAGCAGAGCUACUGGUUCCUUGACGGGGACCAGGUGGCCCAGAAUACCUACUCGGUGCCUCGCAAGCCCAGCUACCUCGUCCUCAACAUGUGGAGCGACGGUGGGGAGUGGAGCGGUAACAUGAGCGUGGGCGACAGUGCAGAGUUGCACAUCCAGUGGAUUGACAUAGCCUUCAACACCAGUGGGCCGUACGAGGGCGAGCAGCAGCCGGACGACAACAAGAGAAGUGUAAAGAGAAAGGAACAUAGCUGCAAGACCGUGUGCAGGAUUGACGGCGUCAAACAAGUAGGCACCCCGGAGGUCGCCUAUGUGGGCAGUGCAGUCGCCUCCACUGUAUCGUGGAGUCUAAUGGUGGGAGUCGUGGGUGCUGUGUCUGUUUUCAUUAGUAUGUAACAACAAGAACAACACGAUGAAGAAAAGGGAGACCACCGUCACCCAAGACCAACUCUUUGAAAUGUAUCAGAUUCAUAUACACCCUUCUGCGACUCGACUCAUCCAGAAAAAUAUAU